CACGCAUUCUUGGAGAAUCUCCAACCCGCAAAACUCACAGGUAUAAAAGAACAAGUGACUUGUUGACAACGAACCAAGGACGGAGGUGUCAGAGAGCCCCGAAAACACUCCCGAAAACAUACCUGUACAAGUUUUACACGAUACGGCCUCUGAUUGGUUAGCACCUGCACCACGUGAUCCGAGCUGGUCCGAACUAGUCCGCUCCUUGCCUCAGAACAAAGGUAACAUCCACACUCGAAGGAGCGCAAAAGCAGAACUCUCUUUCUUCAAGAAACGUUUGGAAACUUUUUGAGACAAGAUGUUGCGCGUUGCAACUUUAGCGCUGUUGGUGUUUGCUGUAGCCGCCGCCCCUACAGAUUAUAGAGGUUCAUCAGAAAAAUGUGAUGGUGAGAACCGCCUGUCCCCCGGCAAUGAGUACACCUACGACUACACAGUGGAGGGCUACAGGAAGCCGCUCGCUAACGUGGAGGACAAGAUCCUCUGGUUCAAAUGGCAAUGCUCCGCACACAUCAAGGUUUAUGGCCCCUGUGAGAUGGUGCUGUCCACCCCGUCCUGCGAUGUGCUGAAGGCCGUGACCUCUGACAUGGAGGAGGAGCGUGAGUACAGGACGUUCCCCCACGGCAAGUCGUACACCCGUGAGUUCACGGAGGACGUUGACCUUCCGUUCUACAUGAACCUUGGCGAGGUCACCAGCGUGUCCCCCAAGCUGGACGGUCCGCUGCACGUGCUCAACCUGCACAGGGACUUGCUCUCCAUGCUGCAGCUCCCCACCAGACUCGACGACCUUGAGCAGAUCACUGCCCACCGCAGCGUGCACGGCGACUGUGCGCCCAAGUACGAGAUCACGGACAGCGUGGACCUGUCCGGCACAAGCGUGGCGCUCGGAGUGCGCAUGGUCAAGGACAUGUCCAAGUGUCAGCACCCAGACAACGUCUUCCAGGACGAGGUAAUGGAUGAGACCCUGGGUAGCGCCUCCCAGCAGUGUGAUUACGUCAUGAGCGAGGAGGGUCAGAUCGACAAGGUCACGUGCCGCGAGCAGACCCCGGAUAACUACCUGCACCACAACAACCCCUUCCUCAUCGCCAACAACACCCGCAAGCUCGUCUUCGUCAAGAAGGACCCCCUCAAGGUGCUGCGCUCUGAGGACGCCUACGACAAGGAGGGCCGCUACAAGGAUGAUCUCAUCUUCAAGAUAGACGAGCCUGUCCAGCCUAAGUCCAAGGGGAGGAAGACGCCCACUGACUGCAGGCCCGUGCGCUGCAGGAUGUACUGCAAGCUCGGCUGGCAGAUAGACGAGAACGGCUGUGAGAUGUGCAAGUGUAACCAGCCAGGCCAGUACCUCUUGGACAAGGAAAAGUGCAUCGGGAGGAACCGUUUCGAGCCCGGCCGCCGCUACAUCUACAACUACACCGUGGAGGGGAAGAAGGAAUCCCCCGCACACAUGGGCAAGACUCUGUGGCUCAGGUCCACAUACAGAGUUGUUCUGGACGCCGUUGACGCCUGCCACGCCAUCAUAACCACCCCCAAGUGUGAGAUCAUGAACGCCGAGACCAGCGACGACUCAGAGACGCCGCAGUACUCUUCUUUCGCACAGGGCGAACAGUACGCCAAGGCCUUCACCAAGGACUACCCGCUGCUGGUCUACUGGAACAAGGGUAUUGUGGAGGUCAUCGCCCCGCAGGUCGACAUGCCGGUGUACAUCCUGAACAUGCGCCGUGAGAUCCUCUCCCUGCUGCAGAUGCCCAUCGACGUGCCCGAGGGAAGGGAGAAGAUCCGUAACGUGUACGGAAUGUGUCACCCCGAGUUCGAGAUCACCGACCGCAAGAUCUUCCUGAACAACCGCGUCGUCACCGGCGUCAACGUCAAGAACGAGCUGACGCAGUGCAAGCAUCCCGAGAGCUCAUGGGAGGAGGUGUUCGGCGUGCAGCUGACCAACGCCACCAGGGAGUGCAAGUACCACCUCAGCGCCAAGGACAGGAUCCAGAAGGUUUCUUGUAAGGAAGUGAUGGAGGACGCCUCCCUGUCUUACAACAACCCCUUCAUGAUCGCCAACAGCCGCAGCACCCUGAAAUUCCUUGGAACCCGCUCCCUGCCGGAGCCUGUUCCCGAACUGUCUAUGGAGAACCGCAGGAAGACAGACCUCGUCUUUGAGAUGGAGGACCAGGCUGACAGCUCGUCUGAGAAGGAGGAGGAUAAGGAAGAAGAGGAGGACCCGAAGGAGAGCAUGAUCGAGCUGAAGAAAGAGAAGGGAGAGCCGGUCACGAAGAGCCACGUGGAACACGAGGACUUCGAGUGCAAGGACGGAAACCAGUUCAAGCCCGGGUUCCGCUACCUGUACGGGUACUACGGCAAGGCUCAGGGCAAGACUGGAGAGCAGGGCAAGGACGGGUACUGGGUCACCGCGCGCUGCUGGGUCGAGAUCGAGGUCACAUCCAAGUGCAGUUUCUACAUGAAGACGUCCAACUGCGUGUUCCGUGACUCGGAGCCGCGCGUGCCCGGAGACAAGGUGGACAAGGAGUUCCACAAGCUGUCAGCCAACCUGCAGGAGAACCCCAUCUACGUCGAGCUGCAGCAUGGUCUGGUGCACCGCCUGGUUGUGGACCCGUCCGAGUCCACCCACAUCCUGAACACCAA